UCUCGGAGCGGCUACAGAGAGACAGAGACGCCAGACACCAGCUCCCUCUUCUCUCCCCUGGAAUCUUACCUGCGCAUCUCCGUCCCUCACUGGAUGUCAGUCAAACUUGUCGCCUGUCAGCAGCCGCCUCUGAGCAAGUCAAUGCGCGAAGACAAACGCUCCACCCUCUAAACCCACCAUGGUGUUGCCGUGGCUCUGUGUUGCUCUCCUCCUGGCGUCCAGGCCGCCACAGUCGCUGGCGUGUCCCGUGGGCUGCCGGUGUUACAGCCUCACCGUGGAGUGCGGCUCUCUGGGAAUCAAAGAAAUCCCACAUGGCGUCCCUCCUGUCACUGAGACGAUAUUCCUCCAGGAUAACGCCAUUAUCCAGAUCCGCCUGCAGGACCUGACCUGGCAGACCAGCCUUCACUACCUGUACCUGCAGAACAACAGCAUCUCCGCUCUGGAGCCAGGUGCAUUCGCGAGCCAGGGCCAACUCCUGGAGCUGGCGCUCAACGGAAACCUCAUUCACCUCGUCACCUCGGACACGUUUCAGGGUCUGGAGCACCUCCGGAUCCUCUACCUGGCGGGGAACCAGAUCACCAGAGUCCAGAACUACACCUUCAGGGGGUUGCAGCGUCUGCAGGAACUCCACCUGCAGGAUAACAGCAUCGAGAUGCUGGCGGAGCACGCGCUCGCCGGCUUGUCGUCGCUCGCGCUGCUGGAUCUCAGCAGAAACCACCUCCGCACUCUGGGAGCACCCACGCUCAAACCACUGGUCAGCCUGCAGGUGCUCCGAGUCACAGAAAACCCGUGGCGCUGCGAUUGUGCUCUUGGCUGGCUGAGGACAUGGAUCACGGAGGAUGGACAACGUUUGUUGAGCUCUGCUGAACAGCGUAGGCUCAUGUGUUCCGAGCCGCCUCGUCUGUCUCACCUUAGCCUGGUGGAGGUGCCUCCCAACAGUUUGGUUUGCAUUCCACCAGUGGUCCAACUGGAGCCCAGCCAUCUGACGGUGCGUCUUGGCGAGAGCCUGCGAGUGUCUUGUCAGGCCUCAGGAUACCCGCAGCCUCAGGUGACCUGGAGGAAGGCUUUUCAUGGUAAACCACAGUUAUCACGGGGCCUGGUGCAAGAGCUAGGUCCAAAUGGUGAGCUCUUCAAACCCGGAGCUGGACGAGUGGUAACGUCUUUACCUGAGAGCAUUGGGAUCAAGUCGGCAGAAGGGGACGUGCAUGGCCUUGUGCGUGGAGCUGAGGAGGGUGGGGAGCGGGACAGUUUUGACCCUGACAUGGGCAGUGGCAUGCUUUUCCUGAGCAAUGUAACCGUGUCUCAUGCUGGGCGAUACGAAUGUGAGGCCUGGAAUCCUGGAGGUGUUGCUAAAGUGACCUUCCAUCUGGCUGUUAACAUGUCUUCUUCCUCAUAUUCCUCUCAGUUCUGGUCCCAUUUAAAUACCCACCCCUACGCGUCCUCUUCCUCCAACUCAUUUUAUCAGCCUGAGGUUCUCGACGUGAGCCAGGAGUUACUAUACGAACAGGACAGUAUGGACUUCAACGCCUUGGGCUUUGCCACGCAGACGGCCAUAGCUGUAGGCAUAUCCCUGCUCGCUCUGACAGCUCUGCUUCUCCUGAUUCUCAUCUACACCUGUCACCAGCAGUACCGCAAAGACGACGACGAGUCCUUCUGCACCAGCAAGGAGGAGAGCAUUAUUUAUGUCCAUGACUACGCUGACGGGCCCACUACUUUUUCACAGUUGGAGGAGUACCGCGAUGAUCAUGGUCACGAGAUGUACGUUCUCAACAGAGCUGGGUCCGCUUUGGGUAGAGGGUCCGUGAUGAGUGGGUUUGGCCAGCAGAGGGGCGUCAAGGAAGCCCUGUUAGAGCACGAGAUGGUGCACACUCUGAGCAAAUCUGCAGGAAUUGGCUUCCAUAGAAACCCUGCAGAUGGUGGCGAGGGACCGCUAACAACAGAUCCAGAGGAAGUUUUCCUGAACCAACGUCUGCUGUUUGGCUCUCAGCUUGCCUACGAGAUCCACUGUUGAAGAAAACAAAAGGCUUAAAAAAACCUUCAUAGACUCAAUUGAAGCACCACAGUAAUGUGUUUGACGUCAGGCGAAGCAGCCUUGUAAUUAUGGACAGAUAUUGUUGCCAGGGUAACCGUAAAAACAACAAAAGCACUACAUAAAAAUUGAAUGAACAGAGGCGAAAAGGAAAACGUCUUUCUCUGAACUAACCCCUUUAAAGAGAAUUCCACCAGACUAACAUGACAUCCGACUAUUUUUUUCGUGCUUUGCGUAUCGUCAUGUACUGUGGUUCGUGUGAAACCUGUUUACUGGAGCUAAUUUCCUUGUGACGUACAGUAGUUUUGUGGAACCUUUUGCAUUCAAUGUCCGUCACGAUGCCGUGAAGCACUCAAGAUGAGGGAGAAAAAAAAAUGCAUUAACAUUUUUUUUUUCUUUUGGUUCCUGAAAUAUAGCAAAACAAUGAAACAAACUUACUGUGAUAAAUCUUUGACAUUUGUCUUGUGAAGCCCUCCCACUGUGAAUAGUAGUUUCUACAUAAUAAAAUGUAU